AUGGUGAGCCCGGGGCGCCGCGCGCGCCCCGGGGAGGGAGUGACCCGGGCCGGGGGCGGGGGGCCGCGAGCCCGGAGCCCCGCUGAGAGACCGUGGGGCCCCCGCGAGCGAGCGCGGGCCGGGACCGGGCGCGGCGGGCGGGCGCUGCCUCCACGGGCUCGGCGCCUGGGGGCCGUGCGCGCCUCGCCGUGCGCGGCGGCGGCGGCGGCGGCCAAUGUGUCCGCACUUGUCGGCCUUCCCAGGGGCCGCACGUUCUGGGGGCCGCGGGCCUUCCAGGGCCGAGUGGGAGAGGGCGGGACCACGCACCCCAUCGCCCCGUCCCGGCGCGCCCCUCCGCCCCCCGAAUCCCCCACGCGGCGCCCCCGGACCGCGCCCUCCGCCACCCGAGACCCACGCCCGCCCCACGCGGGCCGGAGGGGGCGCGACGGCGCGGAGGCCCUCGCAAGGUCGGGCCCGCGGCCCCCGCGCCCGCUCGGUGGGCGCCGCUCUCCGGCCGGCGCGGCGCGGGCCAGGGCGCCGGCUGCCGACGCCCUUGCGCGGGGCGCGUUUGGAGAGUGCGGCGGCCGGCAGGAGGAAGCAGCGACCCCCGCGCGGGAGCGGCGGCGGCGGCGGGCGCGGGGCCGGGCGGGCGGAUGCUGCCACCGCGCGGACACCGGGCGGCCGGGGCGCCGCUCCGCCACUCACGGGUCCGGGCUCAGCCAGGGAGGGGGCGCGUCCCCCAGCUUCCACGGGGUCUCGGGGACCCCCACGCCCGCCCUGUGCACCCCGCUUCGCAGGGCCCGAGGUCGAGGGGCGGCCCCUGGAGGCGAGGGCGCCGGGGCUCCGGGGUGCGGGUGGAUGCGGUGCGCCGCCUCCCGGUGCCUCGGUUUCCCCGGAGCUCCGGAGCGGCGCCCGCAGGGAGGGCGGCUGCGCGGCGUCCUGCUGCCCCCUGCCGGCCGCGGGGCGCAGGCGCCGCCGCGGGAAAGGCGGCCCCGAACCUCAAUCGCACCCACAGCGCCUGCCCCCCACUGCCCCCGGGCGGUCACCUGUGCCGACCUUACAGAGAAUGCGGCUCAGCAGGAACGGUCAGAGAAGGCCUCCCUCUGCCCCAGUUCCAGGGGAGAUACCGUCGCGGUGGCAGUGUGUGUGGUGGAGGGGAAGUAUGACAGGAAGUGCCAGGAUGCGGUCCCUGGUGACCCGCGUUGUCCAGCUGGGCUCCGCCUCCCCAAAUUUCCACCGUCUCCUGCAGCUCGGGCCAGGUGCUCGGCCAGUGCUCUUGUGGAGACCAGUGAAUCACCUGGCCUGAGCUGGACAUCUGUGUCCAAGAGGACGGUGCUGACCACCUGUGAGACCAGGCUGGAGGGGGGCAGCUUUGGGGGACCCUGGGGACACAGGACGCUGCAGGACCCCAAUGACUCCUUCCUGGGCCCUCCAGUGACCACAUUUCCAGAGCCUGGGCUCGUGUCUCCCCAGGCCCAUUCCCAGCACCCAGAAAGCCCACCAGAGGGCGCUCUGCAGCAGGGAACAGAGGCGGCUCGGAGCUCCAGGCUCCGGCAUGGACGGAGGGAUGAAACACAGGGCAAGCGGCGGCCGGGCCCGGUGCCCAGGCUGCAGCGCUCCCCGGAGACCCUCCGGACCAUCUGGUCGCCCGGCCUGGGCGAUGCCAGACGGCACUGCCUGGCCAGAGAUUUUGGCCACCUGUCAGCCCGGAGAAAGUCCUUGUCCCUGUCGCCUCCCCUGGGACUUCCCUUGACGGGGGCCCAGGGCCCGGGCAGGACCCCGUCUCCUGGGACCCUGGACAGUGAGGCCUGGUCCCCACCGCCCAGCCCACUCCUGCCCGGCACGGAGACAGGUGGGAAGCGUGGGGGUCGGUCCCGGGUCCGGGGCGCGCGGGUCGGGCGGGAACAGGUCUCCCCACCCCGCCGGACCUACGCCUCCGCGGGCCGCUCUGAGGUUCGAAGCCGGAACCACGCGCCCGCGGGCCGCACUGGCGAUCGAGGCCGGAUCCGCGGGCCGCACGGGCGAUGCGGGCCGCUCCGGAUCCGCGCGCCCGCGGGCCGCACGGGCGAUGCGGGCCGCUCCGGAUCCGCGCGCCCGCGGGCCGCACGGCCGAUCCGGGCCGCACGGGCGAUGCGGGCCGCGCCGCCGGUGCGCGCCCGCGCGGUUCCCAGCCGCGCCGCCGCGCGCGGACAGUGGCGCAUUGUUCGCCGGGACGCCCGGGGCGGCGCUGCGCCCUCGGGGCCUGGCGCGGCCGCUCCGCGAUUUGCAUGCGCUCCAGUCACAAAGGUUCAAGGUCAGGAGCGCCAGGCGGCCGAGCCCCGCCCGGCCCAGGCGCUAUUCUUCGCCCUGGCGGCGGGAACUCCUCUCCGCCCGCGCCUGGCCGCCCCUGCGCCGUCUGAGGCGCUUUGUGUCUCGGCCCGGACAGCUGGGCCCGCGAAGGAAGUGCCAGCCCGGCCGGCGGCGCCCCGCGCCAGCGCCCCUCGCCCAUGCUAA